CUCAAUCAGGAGAUUUUGGCACAAAACACCCGGCCUAUUGCCCUCGACAACAACAACAACAACGACGACGACGACGACGACGACGACGACGACGACGACGGCACUCAAACGUCAGCGAUUGGCAUUCCAGGCCGCGAGAAUGCGCAGCACCUCGUCCUCCUCCACAGCGCAACCCGGCGCGCAGCAACAAUCACAAUCACAGGGCCACCAAAAGAAGCCCAUCUACUUUGGGCCCUUUGAAGUGACAAACCAAGUCUUCCUCACAACCCCCCACUCCUUCGCCCUCGUCAACCUCAAGCCCCUCCUGCCGGGCCAUGUCCUCGUCUGCCCGCUGGUCCCGCACCGCCGCCUGACCGACCUCUCCCCGGUCGAGCUGACCGACCUCUUCACGGCCGUCCAGCGCGUCCAGCGCAUGCUGGCACGCCACUACUUCCUGGGCCCCGCCUCAUCCUCCUCCCCUUCCUCCGCAGCAGCAUCGCUACCACCACCACCGCCACCAUCACCACCAUCGUCAUCAUCAUCAUCAUCAUCGACACCAUCAGCAGCAUCACAACCAUCACCGCCCGGCCACCACCAGCAGCAGCAGCAGCAGCAGCAUGACGGGCAGGCCCCGCUCCGCGAGGGCGGCCGCGGGGGCGAGGAGGAGCGGGGGUCCUUCAACAUUGCGCUGCAGGACGGGCCCGAGGCCGGGCAGACGGUGGCGCACGUCCACGUGCACGUGAUCCCGCGCAUCCGCGGGGCGACGGCCAAGCCGGCGUCGACCCCGUCGGACGCCAUCUACGAGCAGAUGGCGGCCGAGGAGGGCAACGUCGGCGGGGCGCUGUGGGACCGGGACCGGGAGCGGCAGCGCGAGAGCGGUGAUGGUGGCAGGCCGGUGCCGGGGGGCGGGUUCCCCCGUAUCGAAGACGCCGCGCGGGUGGCGAGGGGAAUGGAGGAGAUGGAGGAGGAAGCCGGGAUCUAUCGGCGGGUCUUGGAGCAGAUGGAGGCGGAGGGCCUGUGACGAGUCUCGCUGGAAAAGGAGGGGCUGGAUGACCGGGAGUGGACGCGAGGAGGUUUAUUAUUCUAGGUUUAGGUUCCAGGGG